AUGCCUGUCAAUCUAAACUCAGUCUUUCCCGCCUCCGACCCGGAGUUUGUUACAUUUCCUAGCAGAAGAAGUGUUGUUCAUAGUACUGAUGGUUUGAUCGCUUGUACCCAGCCUUUAGCCGCUAGAUGUGGUCUCAAGGUUUUGGAGGCAGGUGGAAAUGCAGCUGAUGCAGCGGUUGCAGUUGCUGCUGGGCUUAACCUGACAGAGCCAACCUCCACCGGCAUCGGGGGUGAUAUGUUCUGUCUUUUUUAUGAUGCCAAGACAAAGGAAGUUAGUUCUCUAAAUGGCUCAGGUCGUGCAGGCAAUAAAUGCUCUCUUGAUAAAAUUCGACAAGAUCUCGGAUUAAAGGAUGAAGAUCCUGCAAGAAUCCCACUCAAAAGUCCACAUGCUGUUACUGUACCAGGUGCUGCGGCAGGCUGGGUUGAUACUGUUGAGAGAUUUGGUAGUGGAAAUCUUACUUUGGAGCAAAUCUUGGCUCCGGCUAUUGAGAUGGGUGAAAAGGGGUUCCCCGUCUCCGAAUUAGCUUCAACUAUGUGGAGAAACAGUGAAGGUCUACUUCAAAAGGCAUCCCCUAACUUUUCCGAAAUGCUAAAAGAGGAUUCAAGUGCUCCAAAUGGCUGGCGGGCACCAAGACCAGGAGAAAUAUUCAAGAAUCCAAAUCUUGCCGAGACUUUCAGAGCACUCGCAACUGAAGGCAAGAAAGGCUUUUACACCGGAAGAAUUGCCGAAGAAAUCAUCAGAGUCACUCGUAAUUUAGGCGGAUUUCUUGAACUAGACGAUUUGAAGAAUCACAUGGACAUUGGUAGUGAGAAAUUCACACCCAUCUCCAAAGUUUUCAAAGGUCAAGGAUACAACAAAACCCAUCAUUAUGUCGACGGGAUAUCCGGCCAAGGCAUCAGCGAAGACAAUCACGGCGUCAAAAUCUGGGAACACCCGCCCAACGGCCAAGGACUCGUAGCACUCAUGACCCUUGGUAUUCUCGAAGAACUCGAAAACACGGGUAAAAUCCCGCAUUUCCAGGAGGAAGAUCACAAUUCUGCUGAAUACCUUCAUGCUGUCAUUGAAUCUUUGCGUAUCGCUUUCGCAGAUGCUAGUUGGUUUAUUGCCGAUCCAGCUUUCACCAAAGUCCCCGUGGAAGAACUGAUCUCUCAACCUUAUCUCGCCGAACGCGCUAAACUUUUCGACCCUCAGCGUUCUAAUCCUGAGAUAUAUGAUCAUGGCUCACCAGCUCAUAAUCAUAGUGACACUGUAUACUUCGCCAUAACCGACAAAUGGGGCAAUGGAAUUUCCUUCAUAAACUCGAACUUCGAAGGUUUUGGUAGCGGUAUCAUUCCCAAAGGCUGUGGGUUUGUUCUUCAAAACCGAGGUGGCAAUUUCUCACUUGUCAAGGGCCAUGCUAACGCCAUUGCGCCUGGGAAAAGACCUUAUCACACCAUCAUUCCAGCUAUGGUCACCAAUGUCCACGAUGAUUCGCUACAUAGUGUAUACGGCGUCAUGGGUGGCUUUAUGCAACCACAAGGACAUGUUCAAGUACUACUUAAUAUGUUAGCUUUCAAACUGAACCCUCAAGCGGCACUUGAUGCGCCCAGGUUUUGCAUAAGUGCAGAUGGAGUUCCGGGAGAGUCAAAUAAAGAGAGAAGAGUAUUUUUGGAAGAGGGAAUCAGCAAAGAUGCCUUCGAGAAAUUGAAGAGCAUGGGUCAUCAGGUGAAAAUGGUGGAAGGGUACCAAAGGGGUGUCUUUGGUAGAGGGCAGUUGAUAAGGGUACAUGGAGAAGAGGAUGGAGUUUUGAUUUUCAGCGGAGGUAGUGAUCCUAGGGGGGACGGGGCCGUAUAUCCUGGGUAG